GGCAUCUUCAACUCUACGCCAUAAUUAAGCAGCAGAGCAUCCAUAGUUUCCCUUUUUCUGUUCGACACCAUCAUUGCCUAUUUGCCUUGCCUGCCCUGGCCCUGCCCUUUUAUUCAUUCCAACCCACGCACGCGUUCCUUCAAUUCCAGAUUUCCUCCACACCCAUUAAUUCUCGCUCUCCUCAACAUAAUAAGAUCAUGAAAACAGAGCAUCAUGCUUUUGCCGCUCUAGCCAGAUCCAGCAGCUGCAAGCACAGCUCCGGGAAGAUAGUGCCUUCCAGUUAUUAUUACCAGCGCUCCACUUCUCAUGCUAUCUCGGAGGACAUUUCUGAUAGAACCCUGAUCGGGAGCGGCGGCGGCGGCGGAAGCUCUCCUGUUGAUUUCCGCCGGCUGGGCAAGAUUACGCGGAUAAAUGGAGUCUCUGCUCUUCUCAGGUCGUUUUUGAGUCUUAUAUCUUUCCCGGCUGCGUGUCGUUGGCUUCACUUGCCAACACGGGUUUCGGUAACGGCGCCGCCUCUCGGCCGAAAAGUAGCUGGGACGCUGUUCGGCCACCGGAGAGGCCACGUAAGCUUCACCGUCCAGGACGACCCCCGGUCCGACCCGGCCCUUGUCAUCGAGCUGCCCGUCACGACGUCGGCGUUGGUCAAGGAGAUGUCGUCCGGGCUAGUCCGGAUCGCGCUGGAGUGCGAGAAACCCGUGCCGUCUCCGACCGCUCGAGGGCAUGCAGUGAAGCUUUUCCAGGAGCCGGUGUGGACUAUGUACUUGAACGGUAGGAAGUGCGGGUACGCGCAGUCGCGGGCUUGCACGGCGUCCGACUGGCACGUGCUGAGCACCAUGCAGAGCGUGUCAGUGGGGGCGGGUGUGAUUCCAGUGGUGGAAGACGGCGGAAAAGGCGGCGGCGUAGCGGAGGGGGAGCUUCUGUACAUGAGGGCACGGUUUGAGCGAGUCGUAGGGAGCCGAGACUCGGAAGCGUUUUACAUGAUGAACCCGGAAGGCAACGGUGGGCCUGAACUCAGUAUAUUUCUUCUCAGGAUAUAAUUAAUAAAUUGUCAAAUACUUGUACUAAACUUAGGAAAUAAGAACACUUUCAUAGAUCUUUGUUGACAAUUAAUGACGACGACUACUGUAGUUUUGGAAACACUAGCAUAUACGGAGUAUACAUGAUUCUACUCCGAUCCAUACAAGGCUGUGAGUCAUUUUGAUUUAUAAUUAAUACAGUCUCAAGUCUUUUAAAGAUAGCUUAAGUCGUCUUUCUUCAAAUCCACUUUGCCAUACAAC